AUGAUUGGAAUCACAAUAAUCACCGGCUUCUUAGGAGCUGGAAAAACUACACUGCUAAAAAAUUUAUUAAAUGAAAGUAUUGAGAAAGAUAAAAAAAUUGCAAUUAUUCAUAAUGAAUUCACAGAAAAAAACAACAACAUUGACAAAAUAGUUUUUAAAGAUAUAAAUGAUAUAUAUAAUAUUCCAAAAAAUAAAGACGAUGAUAAAAAUAAUGUAAAUAAUAAUUUAAAAACAGAUAUAAAAAAGAAUAAAAAUGAAUUAAGAAUAAUAAACGAAAUUGAUAGUGAAGAAGGUUUCAUUUAUGAACUUAAUAAUGGUUGUUUAUGUUGUUCAAAUAAAAGUAAUUUUGUUAAAUUGAUUGAAAAUAUUUUAUCAUUAAAAACUAAUUAUGAUUAUAUAUUUGUAGAAGUUUCAGGUGUUUAUGAUAAUAUACAAAUUAAUAAUUUAUUAUGGUUAGAUGAACUUAAUAAGUCAAAAAUAUAUUUAGAUAGUAUUAUACAUAUAGUAGAUUCAUAUCAUUUUAUAAAAUAUUAUAAUAAACAAGAAACAAAACAAAAUAAUAAGGAUAUAUUAUUUAAUGAAAUUAAUCAAGAUAAUGUAUAUCAAAAUCAAUCCAACUACAUUGAUCAUAAUGAAAAAACUCCAGAAUAUGAACAAAUUAUGGUAUCUGAUGUUAUAAUAUUAAAUAAAAUAGAUAAAUUAAAUGAACGCAAUAUAAGCGAACUAAAAAGUUUUAUUCAUAAAAUAAAUCCCAUUAGCAAUGUAUUCCCAACUAGCUAUUCUAAUGUGCCUAUAGAAUAUAUAACAAACCUAAAAUGUUAUGAAAAAAAAAAUAUAAAAAAUAUUAUAAUUAAUAAUAGAAAAGUACAAAAUGUUGUAUCUUUUCAUUAUAAUGAUUUUCAUAAUAUGACAUUUCAUUUUGACCAUGACAUUUCAUCAUUAAUACAAUUAAGUGAUAUAUUAAAUAAAAUGAAAGAUAAAUUUAUAAAACAAAAAGAUAAAAAUAUAUUAAAACAAAUUAUAACAAUACUUAAGAAUAAAAAUAUUUUUUCAUAUAAAAAAAUUAAUAAUAUAUUAGCUAGCCUUUUAUGGAAUAGCAAAUUACAGAUAUAUCGUGGUAAAGGAGUUUUUGUUGCUUUUAAUGAUGAUAUUUAUAACAAUAAACAUAAAAUCAAAUUAAAUAUUUAUUAUUAUCAAAGUGUAGGAGAUUUAUAUGAAAUUAAUCAUGUUAUGACUGAUAUACAUACAUUUUUUCAAAAAUAUCUAACAAAAGGUAUAAAUGAAAAAGACAAAAUAAACAACAAUAAUAAUGAUAUAAACAUUUUUUCUAAUAAUAUUAAUAAUAUAAAUGGACACAACCAGUUUAACAUUGAUCAUAUUAAUUAUGACAAAGAAGAGAAAACAUGUGAUGAUCUUUUAGAACUCGAAAAUUAUAUAUCUGAUGAUUCUUCUUGUAGUGAAAAUAAUGAAUAUAACAUAAAUAAUAUUUUGGAUAAUAUGCAUAUUUUUACAUCCAGAUUUUUAUUUAUAGGAAAAAACAUCAAUAUGCAAGAUAUAAAAAAGAAGCUUGAUGAUUGCUUAUACAAAUAA